AUGAACGCUAUGCUCGCCACGCUGUUCUCCCUCGUCCUCGCUCUGUUCUCGUUAACCUCCGUGUGCCUUGCCGCACCCGCGGAAGUCUAUGUUCCCCCUAUCACGUACCCCCAUGCAAAGACUGUCUGGAAAGUCGGGGAUGCUUCUUCCCCUCCUGAGCGUAUCACCAACAAGGUGGGGUAUAUCUACCUACGUCACGCCGGCAAGAUCGACCUCGGUCAUCCUCUCGCUGAGAACUUCGACAUCCUCAAGGGUCACCAAGUUGUCAAGGUGCCCUCCGUCGCUCCUGGCAGCGACUACCAGCUUGUUUUGAUGGGCGACUCGGGUAACUGGAGCCCCAAGUUCAAGAUCCACACAUAA